GCGUAUAAAUGAGCAAGGUUGGACAAAGAGGUGUUCUAUCUGAGAAUAUGCCUUGCUUGUUGUUGUUGUUGCUAUUUCUGAUUCAAGCAUGGCCAGUGAAGCCACAACAAGCCUACGAUAGGAACAUAUUCAUAUUAGCGGGUCAGAGCAACAUGGCGGGUCGGGGCGGCGUAGUGAACAACACCGCCACGUGGGACGGCGUCGUUUCACCCCAGUCCCGUCCCAACCCUUCAGUCUUGAAGCUCGACGCGCACCUUACGUGGGUGGCGGCGCGUGAACCUCUCGACGCGGACAUCGAUUCUGCGAAGACAAAUGGUGUCGGACCAGGAAUGGCAUUUGCAAACUGGGUGUUGGAGAAGCACCCAGAGUUUGGUCUGAUUGGUUUGGUCCCUUGCGCGAUUGGAGGCAGCAACAUAAGCGAGUGGGAACGAGGAAAAGAGCUUUACAAUCAGAUGAUAAAGAGGGCCAAGGCAUCGCUGCGUGACGGUGGCACCAUUCGGGCUUUGCUAUGGUACCAAGGAGAAACCGAUACAGUGAAUUUACACGAUGCGCAGUUGUACCAAACAAGAGUUCACAAGUUCUUCUUGGACGUUCGUGAUGAUCUACGGUCUCCGUUGCUUCCUAUAAUCCAGGUAGCUUUGGCAUCCGGAUCAGGCCCAUACAUAGAGAUGGUAAGACAAGCUCAGCUGGGCAUUGACCUCCUAAACCUGAGAACUGUGGACGCUCAUGGGUUGCCCCUUCAGCCCGAUGGGCUGCAUCUUUCGACCCCGGCCCAGGUGCAUCUUGGGCAGAUGAUGGCCGAUGCAUUCCUUCAGUUCGUACCUUCUUCAAAUCCAAAUUACAAUGUUAGCCCAAUUCUUAAUGAGGCAAUCAGGCUGUAUAAUUAUGCCUUUUAUGUUAAUAUGCUUCCCUUGUUCUCAACUAUGUACCCAACAUUCUUAUAGUAGCAUUCUUUUUUCAUUACUAUUUUCACCCAUAGGCAUAAACACAAUUAUGAAAACUCGAUCAGUGUAAGAAUCAUUUCAAUUUAAAGCAUGACUGCAUGAAUACUUGAUGCUGCAAAAGGUUGAUGUUAAUGUUGUUCAUAUAAAAGAUAGAAUACAACU